UAGCCGCUGUCUGGCCCUGGCUCGAUGCUUGCAGUUCAGCUGUGACAGCAGCACUGUGCUGACUCACACCCCAGCAGCCAGCAGGAGCUGGGAGCAUGGGUUCUCCCGGAGCUGAGGCCUGCUGGGGGUUCCUGGAAUAUAAAACUGAGAAGUAUGUGAUGACCAAGAACUGGCGGGUGGGUGUCCUACAAAGGCUGCUGCAACUUGGGCUUCUCAUCUACGUGGUGGGGUGGGCACUCAUUGCCAAGAGAGGCUACGAGGAGCAGGACCUGGACCCCAAAGUUUCUGUCAUCACCAAACUCAAGGGCAUUUCUGUGACCCAGCUGGAGGAUUUGGGGAACCGACUAUGGGAUGUGGCUGACUUUGUGAAACCUUCACAGGGGACGGAUGUAUUCUUCUUGGUGACAAACUUCCUUGUGACUCCAAAGCAAGUCCAGGGCAGGUGCCCAGAGCACCCCUCUGUUCCCCUGGCUUACUGCUGGACUGAUGCGGAUUGCUCUGAAGGCGAGACAGGCAUUUAUAGCCAUGGUAUAAAAACGGGGCGGUGUGUGGUAUUCAAUGGGACCUACAGGACCUGUGAGAUCUGGGGCUGGUGCCCUGUAGAGAGCAGAAGCCCUGUGCCCAUGAAACCUUUGCUGGCUGAGGCCCAGAAUUUCACGCUUUUCAUCAAAAACACGGUCACCUUCAGCAGGUUCAACUUCUCCAAGUCCAAUGUCUUAAAAACCUGGGACAGCUCCUAUUUCAAGCGCUGUCUCUACAAUCCACGACUCAGUCCCUACUGCCCUGUCUUCAGGAUCAGAGAUCUCGUGACCCAGGCAGGAGGAGAUUUUGAGGAUCUGGCACUUCGGGGUGGCACCGUGAAUGUCUACAUCUCCUGGGACUGCCACCUGGACGCCUGGGACGCCGACUGCCAGCCCCGCUACUCCUUCCAGCUGAUGGACAGGACCUACAACUUUAGGACAGCCACUCACUGGAGCGGGGCCUCUGGCGUGGAGACCCGGAACCUCUUUAAACUCUAUGGGAUCCGUUUUACUGUUUUGGUCUCUGGGCAGGCAGGAAAGUUUGGGCUCAUUCCCAUGACCAUCACACUAGGUACAGGAGUGGCAUGGCUGGGCCUGGUCAACAUCUUCUGUGACCUGGUGCUACUCUAUGUGGACACAGAAGCCCCCUCCUACCGGAGUGCCAAGUAUGAGGAGGCAAAGGCCCCAGAUAUAACCAACCCCGGCGAGCAGAGGGACCUGGAGUCUACACCCCCGUCUCCAGCUCCCCAGGUGGCCUAGACGGAGCCUUGCACUGGCCUCCACUCUUGCUGCUGCUGGUUGCUGAGCACUGAUGCACUGGAGUGACAGGGCCUUCCCGGGCUCUGGACCCCUGGUGGCCCAUUCCUGAAAGUGGGUUGGGAGACAGGCCUGGAGAAGAUGGGUGGAGCUCCUACCUCUUGGGACCUGACAGGUGAAGACCCAGCAGGGGAGGGGUCCACCUAUAUGUCCCUGAUAUGUUCUGCCCACUCCCAAGUGGCAGCUGAGCCUUGCCAGGAUUCUGACUGGUUAGUGUCAGAAGAUUGUUUCAUGCGGAGGCCUGAAGUGCGGCAGGUCCCCUGAACGAGGGGGAAUCAGGCCUCCAAGUUGCAGGUGCUGUUCCUCUGCCUCCGGGUCUGGAGAGCACCCCCAGGCUGCAGUGUUUCUGGGGCGCCCGCUCACCAGCUGUCUGCACAGGCUUCCCGCCCACUCUGCCUGGUGCCAGCCUCCUCCUCCGCCAGCACUUGUCAGCCCCUCAGCUCUGUCUGGCACUGAAGUCUUGUACUCCAGAAUCCCAGGCAGGAAGAAGCAGGACUGACCCUGGGGGGUUGUCUCAGCUGCUCUGGUGCUGGGUACCUGGACAGGUCCCUCCCCCACCCAGCAGAUGACUGAGUCCCCUCAAGUCCCAGGAAGGGACACAAGAACCUACUUGGCUCAGAGCCUCUCAGCUCAUGUGUGUCGGCUGCUUCCCUUGACUGUACUUGGGAUGAAGAAGGGUUGGUUGGACUAGGGGGAGUGAGUGAAGGGGUUGACUUGAUGGCCUCCUUGAUGACCACCUAGAAGCUGUUCCCACCUCUGUGGUAGGACAGUGCACACCAGAACCUCUUUGGGCAUCCGAACCUCAGGCAGUGGCAGUCCUGCCCAUCCCAACCUCAGGCAGUGGCAAGCAGUGACUGUAGGCAGUGCCAGACUGCAAGAAUGCCCUCAGCAAGCAUACAAGGCCCUGAAAGCCACACUCAACUCAGACUCUCAAGGAGCCAAUGGAUUAGCUGCUGGGAGUUUCUUCAUUCCAGGCCAAUCAUUAGAAGUGGAGGGAUAGGGCUGGGUUGUAGCAUAACUGUAGGGCAUUUGCUUUGCACCCAGCCAACCCUGACAGACCUUGGUUCAAUUCCCAUUUAAACCCCCGAACCUGCCAGGGGUGAUUUCUGAGCACAGAGCCAGGAGUAACCCCUGAGCACUGCCGGGUGUGAUCCAAAAACACACAAAAAUUAAAAACAAAAACAAAAA